AUGGCAUUCAGCAAGAAAUACGCCGGUUUACCCGAUCUGGACCCGGCGCCGGAUAUCUAUGAAACCCCUGAUUUGACCGACGAGGCAUCCACCGUCCCCACCACCACUGUUCGCACCGAUUCCGAUCAUGAUGACACCGGUUUCAGCUCCGACAUCGACCGCGAGGGUGUGGACGCGGACCAGGCGCGUUUGCACUUCAUGGGCGCGGCGGUCGACGCUCGCGACGCCAAUUUUUCCGACAGCAUUUCCAUGAAGCGCCAAGCGUAUCGCAGUAAAGACAAAAAUCAUCGCCGACGACGGAGACGUGAGGACGGCACCGAGGAAGUCGGUGACUUGAGUGAUAGCGAGGACGAGUCGCUCGAGCGGCGGCUGGCACGCCUGCGACGAGAGGUGGAAGAUCUCAAGGUGCAAAUGGCAAAUCAGUCUCGUUCGGGACAAAAUGAGGCCGAGAAGGCCCAGGCUACAUCUGCAGCUGAUAAGCCCGGAGAGAAGGCGCUGGGCGACGGCGUUGCGGAGUUGAGCCGCGCGCUGGACAAUUUGCAUGCCUCCUCGCGAGGUGGCCAGUCUUCAUCGUACUCGGCGGCAGCAGUGCUCACCCGGAAGCUUGAGACCGGGCCUCAGAGUUCUUCGGGGCCUGGCGCAGAUACAUUAAAGGCACAGUCCCCGGAAAAGGGCUCCGCAACAACCGCUGUUACACCCGUACCGUCUACCGCACCAGCUGCGGGCCUUCUUUCUCAUGCGGCUGCGUUUGAAGGCCGGCUGGCACUUCUUGAAGCAUCAAUGGGCAUCUCGAGCUCUUCGAACCCAUUCAUCGGCGACGGCAUCAGCGAGCCCGCCCUACAGCCGGUGCUCCCUGCGCUGGACCAAAUGACCUCCCGCCUCUCAACCCUCACCGGUCUUCUCGUCGGCGCAAACCCUGCCUCUGGCGGUCCCAGUACCGUUCCAAGCCUAACAACUCCGCACCUAGAAGCUCUCUCCACGCGAGUCCGCAAGUUGACCACUGACGCCGAAGCCCUCGCCUCUGCUCGCAGGCGUGCAGCCGACGCCGCAAAGGCUGCCCAGGCCGCUCGCAUUGCUUCAGGCUCCGAUGCGGACGCUGCGCCUACGGCGGACGGUCUCGGCACCGCUGAUGACGAGCAGACCGCCAAGAUCCAGGCCCUCUACGCUACCCUCCCAACCAUCCAGUCCCUGCACCCCUUAUUACCAAGCGUGCUGGAGCGUCUCCGCUCUCUACGUGCCUGCCACGCCGGCGCCGCCCACGCGGCUGACCUUCUCAACGAGCUUGAGAAACGGCACGCGGAGAUGGCCUCGGAGAUCGAGCAGUGGCGUGAAGGCCUUACGGCCGUGGAGACGAAGAUGAAGCAGGGCGAGGCCGCCCUGCGCUCGAAUGUCGAGACCGUUGAGCCCUGGGUGCGGGAUCUAGAGUCUCGCAUCGCCCGAUUAGACGGCCCUCCGGGCGGCCUGUGA